GUUUGAAAAUGUCGUGUGCCUAUAUUAAUGUCUCCUUGAAAUUUGGUCUCCGAAAAACUGCACUAUGUUUUCUUCUCGCAGUUGCGCUCUUUGACGUUCUCUCCGGAACGAGUAGUGUUGUAGCGGGUGAACCAUCCUCCUUUGCUCCGGUGAUUUGGCUCUACUGGGGACAGGGUUGGAACGAUCGUGCAAAACUUCCUCGUGUAGUCCAAUUUUGUAGAGAUCGUGUUCUUGCGUUGCAUGGACAACAGAUCACACGAAGGGAAGGGCAACAAGUACAAGAGCAGAACGAGAAGGCAGGAAGAAUACCAUGGGAAAUUCGUUUUGUGGAUUCGGAUACUAUUUGGAACUGGAUUGACUUUUCCAGUCCCUCUACUUUAAGCGACUUGCUUCGCGCUGGGGAUAUCGGUUCAAUAAAAUCGCGCCUGAAUAGUAUCAGCGAGAACACACCGCAGAUUUUGAGCGAUCUGGUGAGACUUCUGUUGCUAGUGCAACAUGGUGGACUGUGGAUCGAUGCGUCGGUGAUCCUAUUGGAGCCUCUAGACUGGGUGUACUAUAUUUUCUACGCGCGUCCAGCACUGCAGUCAGUGGGAAUCGAACUCCUCGACAGUUGGGGGCCUCAAGCUUCGCGAUUAGCUGGGCGAUUGUCUGUACUAAGAGAUGCCAGAACAAGCACUUCUGACCCGAGUGCAGCUGUCGCAGGUGGGAUCGUUGGCGCUGCUCCACAGAUGCAGUGCCAAAUUGCACAGAGUUAAGGCUCUAUGAUCGUGAAGAAAUUCAUUUUUCAGCAUCAGCAGAGCGUCGCGGGCGAUGCGUUUUCCAAUGGAAGAAAAGAAGCUACAUAUUGACACAUAUUGACAAGGGUAUGUUGGAAUUUUUUCGCUAUUCUCUAUCUUUUGGUUCCAGUUCUAACGCAUGUGGCUCACGAAGGGCAACGCUAACGCAUCUUCGUUACCGUGCGAGUGGGGACGCGAAGAAGCGCCUGGUUUGGAGGUGAGUUUUCUUGCUGUGCGCAGUCCAGGCAAUGCUUUCCUAUCGCGGAGUCUCAGAGCCUUAUGGCGCACUGCCGUGACGCUGGAGGACGCACCCUGCUAUCAGUUGAACCAAAAACAGGGCUUCGUCACACAGAACCUGGUGUUAAGGGCCAAUGAAUAAACAACAACAUGAACAUCUAUUCAUGGGGCUUUUUCUACUACUACUUACAUAUGUCUCAGUAAACAACAGAAACUCCUAGUCUACUUUUUUCAGUAUCUUGUUGGUUUCUUACGAGACCGUCUCCGUAUCUUGAACUUGGCAGAUCUCUAAUGUUCGGAAAUCCCUAUCACUUGCUGGCUGCAUGCUUUCAGUACGUGCUGCAGUCUGCUCAGCGGGAGCUUGAUGCGACCGGCCACGCACAACUUAAUCGGAGGCGCCGUUUGAGUCGUGUGGCGCAAUACUAUCGCAAUCGGACGGGAUCAGCAAUUGGUAAAAGACUGGAACAGCAUCCACCCUUCGGCAAUAAUGUGAGCAUGCUGACAAAUAAUCAAACACACAUAUCACCCGGAGCACCAAGCUUGAAGAUGACGUCAUCCGAGCGCCGAAGAACGCGCACUGCUGAUCGCAUUGGUGCUGAUCAGCCUGAAGCAGAGUACGUCGUCUCGCAGCAUCCAGGCACAGCCGUUCAUCUUUUCGGAUUGCACCUGGUCGAUCUGCGAUUUCACGUCCCUCUCAAGCAUCCUGCUUGCAGGUUUCCAAGACCAGUUAAUGAUGAGAGCGCGAUAAAUCACAGUGUUCCACGGGAAGAUGUAUCGCGCACCCUCCAUCGCGACAAAGCGAACGUGAUAAAACAGGAAGAAAGUGCAAAUUUAUGUGAAGCAGACGUCGAUGCACAAGCGUUGAAAAUUGCAUUUCGGGCUUCUGAAUACAAGCGAUUUGUAAAACUAACAAAACUGGAAAGGGCUGUGAUAGACGCGAAUCCCCAGCUAUGGACAGAACCAACAAGCUUGUUGUACGCAAAUGCAACAUCGACAGCAAGAAUAGAUUGA